AUGUUUGGAAUCUUUGCGGACUUGAUGUCCUCGGUCCUCACAAUCCUUUUCCCCGUGUUCGCUUCCUACAAAGCCCUUCGCUCAUCCGAUCCCUCACAACUUGCACCAUGGCUGAUGUAUUGGGUGGUACUCUCAGUCAUCCUGCUGGCUGAGUCCUGGACGGUAUUCAUCAUUGGAUGGUUCCCAUUCUAUAGCUGGAUCCGCCUCGGUUUCAUGGCUUAUCUCGUUCUUCCCCAGACGCAAGGAGCCCGCGUUUUGUACCAAGACUAUGUGGACCCGUUCCUGACGCACCAUGAGCGGGAGAUCGAGGAGAUGAUCGGCCGCACUCACGAGCGGGCGAAGGCACUGGGCCUGCAAUACUUUUACAAAGCAGUCGAUCUGAUUCGGGUCAAAGUCUUAGGUCUACCUCAGCAGCGCCCCGCAACACCUCCUCAGCCCGGUGCCGCAUCCUACGCGCAGUCGCUGCUAUCGCGUGCUGCCGUGGGCUCGGUUACGGCGGGUGGCAAGUCCCAAGAAGCGCGGGAGGAAGAGCUCUCUGCUAGUGGCAAUCUCCUCCAGCGCCAGAUGCAGUCGAUGUCGGGGACGGAAAAGGCACAGUUCAUUUCUACCCAACGAGAACUGCUAGACCACCUUCGAUCCACCCUGGCACGCGAAGAGCAGGGCAGUUCUCGAGGCGAGCUCGAUACUGACGACCUUGUUUACGGUAUACCGUUGCGUAAGAAUCGCAGCGAGAAUUCUUUUGAGGUGGUGGAUGACGAGGAUCUGGGACGUCGCCCCGAGCGAACCACCAGUGGCGGAUGGUCCUCUGGUUGGUUCAGCCACGAGCAGGAUUCCUCGGGCUCAUCUGGUACUGAUUUCGCCGCGCGGGCUAUCGAUGAAAUCAGUAGGGCGCGCACAACUGGAUACGACCGUUCCUGA